CUACGCUGCCCAUCGGCCGGGACGACGACGAAGAGUUGCUCCUAACGAGGCUUCCGCCGACGGAUCGGACUUCGGUCGUAAUACAUAGCUCUUCACAGCAAAACGGGGUCUGCACCCCGAUCUAGGGAACGCCGCUCGUCGAACGCGUCUUUCGACUUCAGUCUUUCUACCCGAGGCUCACCGCCAAAAUGAACACGACGACACGAUACAUCCUCGCGGUUGCUCUCAUCAUCGUCGCGUUGCAUUCCUUGCUAAGUGUUACGCACGAAGAAUACGGUCGGGCUACCUCCCUAUCUAAACUCGCCUCCCAAUGGCCCUCAAUAUCUGGCCACAAGGACCCGCCGAAAGCGGUACCAGACGACUAUUAUAUCGAUGCCAAAAUCGACGCAAAGACCGGCGAAUUGCUUCCCGUGUCUACCCCACGAAUGAACGCGACAAUCUUGAUGCUGGCCCGGAAUAGCGAUACGGACAGUGUGAUCAAGAGCGUACGAGAGCUGGAAGACCGAUUCAAUCGCAAGUUCGGUUAUCCUUGGACGUUCAUGAACGAGGAACCAUUCACAGAAGAUUUCAAGAAGCGUGUAUCUGUCCUGCUGAGCUCCCCAGCGGAAUUCAUUACGAUACCGCAUGAUGACUGGUUCCAACCCGAAUGGAUUGACGAAUCCAAGGCCGAAGCAGGAAGGAACAAGCUUGUCGAAGAGAGCGUCAUCUACGGCGGGAGCGUAUCAUAUCGUAAUAUGUGCCGCUUCAACUCAGGGUUCUUUUACAGGCAAGCUGCCCUGCAAAAGUACCGAUGGUACUGGCGUGUCGAGUACGUUCCCUUUCAGACGCUUCCACGUAUGAACUUUGACGAGGUAAUCCUCAACAGACCCGACGUUCACUUCCACUGCGAUAUCGACUUUGAUCCCUUCCGAUUCAUGGAAGACAACAACAAGACCUACGCGUUCACGAUCACCAUGUACGAGUUCGACAAGACUAUCCCGACAUUAUGGGAAACUACCAAGAAUUUCAUCAAGGAGAAUCCCCAAUACGUCGCUCGCGACAAUUUGAUGGGCUUCCUAUCGGACAACAACGGCGAUACCUACAACCUCUGCCACUUCUGGUCUAACUUCGAGAUCGCCGACAUGAACUUCUGGCGCUCGCCUGCGUACGAGGCCUACUUCGACUACCUUGAGAAGGCCGGCGGGUUCUACUACGAACGAUGGGGCGACGCACCGGUCCACAGCAUCGCCGUGGCGCUGUUCCAACAAAAGGACCAGGUCCAUUUCUUCGACGAGAUCGGAUACGAGCACAACCCGUACACGCACUGCCCGAAAGACGAGACGACAUGGAAGAAGAGGCACUGUUCCUGUGACCAGGGGAGGAGCUUCGAUUACGACGGAUACUCAUGCAUGCGCAAGUGGGAGGCAGUCACAUCAUAGACCGCAUACAACGCCAAUCAACACAGUUUGCCAUCGAACGAUAGACAUCUUCUGUAAUAAUGAUCGGUACGUAAUACUCACAUAGGCCAUUGCCGUGCAUACCAGCGCCUGUUGGCCAUUCAUAUGCGUUGCUGUAGCUGCUUUCUAGUGACAUCUUUGGCAGACUUCCGCUGCAUGCUUUCUUGAUCGCAUACCCUCAUGUAUUGUAGUGAUCGCAUAUUUCAUCAUU